AAACCAUUUCCCUUUUCCAAAUUUCUUCAGAGUUCAAUUCAUUCGUCUAUCAAUCAGAGUUCCGCGUUCAACUGGUUUUGAAUCAAGUCCACAUUGAAAGGAAGGUCUUCAUUGAAUCCACAUGUUCCACUCUCUAAAGGGUGUAUGAAAGAAUCAUGAAAUUUUCAAACUUGUUAUCUAAAGGGAAUGCAGAAAAAGAUUCCAAGAAUCAUGGUGAGUCACAUCCUCAACCUCAGUACAAUCAGCACCUUCUUCAAUCUAAGACUAAAAACAUGCCUCAGUCUUUGCAAGUGAAGAAUGUGACAGAAUGGAAAGUGCGACAAGCUGACCUGGAACUUGGAUAUCUAAAGUCGGCAUUUCCUGAUUAUGCUAAACAGUCCCUUAGAGAUGCAUACUUGGCAAACAGUUCUGAUCUGGAUUAUUCAAUUGACUUGCUCCACCACUUUGAUGAUGAUGAGAUUAAUGGUGAUAAGUCUUCUGUGAGACACUGGAUAUUGGGAAUGCUCCAGAAUCUGUACCAGCAGCUAAAGCUAGUGCUCCGUCAAAUCUGGCAUAAGUUUAAAAGUGAAUAAAUUUGGAACUCACAUUGGUGCAUUAAGUGUAAAAAUAGGGAAGGUUACCUUGGACAACACACGUACAUGGUUCGUUUUUUGUGGUUUGCAUAGUUCUAAGCUAGCGGCGCCUUAUUUUGCUUUUGGUCUGACUCUGACGUGUACCAUUAAUUGUGCAGCUUUCACUUGUAUGAAAUGGUGGAAGACCAAAAAAGAUAUAUUGUAAAAGGAAAAAAUAAAACUAAAUGAAAUGAUUUUGCUUGGGAUUUGUAAUUGCAAUGGAAAGGAAGAUAUAUUC